CGGCCCACUUCAGUGAAGAAGGAGAUACAAGAAGAAGAGGAAUUUGAUGAUUUCCUACAAGAGUAUCUGUCUACAGUUAAGGCAGUGGAAGAAAAGCCUGGACUGGAAUAUGAAUGCAAGGCUGAAAUUAACACAUCAUCAACCAUGAUCUUGAAAGAAGAAAAGUAUUCACCAAAGGAAAUUAAAGAUGAAGAAGAAUUCGAUUUAAGUGAAUAUGGUCACUACGUGUCCUCUCCUACACGAGAUGUUCAAAGGAUCCAGUCUAACAAAAGAAGCAUAACGGAGCCAAAAAGAAACAAAGAGAGAUGCUCAGACAAUCAAAGGAUCCAAUCCAACAAGACCGGGACUGCUGAGGAAAAAAGAAUCAAAGAGAGAGAGAGAGGUCACAAACGCCCCCCGCGCAGAAAGGCUUCACACCAGGAAGUACAUAAGCGACUGGACACCAGGAAGAAACAACACGAAUGCUCCCAGUGUUUCAAAACAUUUACUAAACGUUUUAAUCUUGUAAGUCAUCAACGAACACACACGGAAGAAAGGCCGUAUCCGUGCAGUACAUGUGGGAAGGCCUUUAAACAAAAGUCUACUCUCAAGACACACCAGCUGAUCCAUAAUGUGGAAAAGCCACAUCAAUGCACCACAUGCGACAAGGCUUUUAAACAAGUGGGUCAUCUCCAGAGACACCAGAUGACCCAUAAUGUGGAGAAGCCACAUCAGUGCACUACUUGUGGGAAGGCUUUUAGGACUAGAUCACGUCUCAUCAACCAUCAGCUCACACAUCCUGGAGAAAGGCCACAUCCCUGUUCGGAGUGUGGAAAGGCCUUUAGGCACUCGUCCACCCUCAGGAUACAUCAGAGGAUCCACACUGGGGAAAAGCCGUAUCAGUGCACGACAUGCGGGAAGAGAUUCAUCUCUAGCUCAAAUCUCACCAUCCAUCGGGCCACACACGCCGCGGAAAAGCCUUACAAGUGUUCUCAUUGCGGAAAUGCCUUUUCUCAAAUGUCCAAUCUCAGGACACACCAGAAGCUCCACAGCGGGGAAAAGCCGCACCAGUGUUCUCAGUGCGGAAAGACUUUCAGUCACACGGCCAGUCUCAAGAAACACCUGAAGGUCCAUGUUGGGGAAAAGCCACACCAGUGUUCGCAGUGCAGCAAGGCCUUUAGUCUAAUAAGUAAUCUCAAGAGGCACCAGAGGAUCCAUACCGGGGAAAAGCCGUAUCAGUGUACUAUAUGUGAAAAGUACUUCAGGUACAGCUGUGACCUCGUCGUCCAUCAGGUCACGCAUACAGGGGAAAAGCCACAUCAGUGCACCCAGUGUGGAAAGGCCUUUACCCAAAUGUCUCAUCUCAAGAGACACAACAGGAUCCAUACUGGGGAAAAGCCGUAUCAGUGUACUAUAUGUGAAAAGUACUUCAGGUACAGCUCUGACCUCACCACUCAUCGGCUCAUCCACAGUGGGGAAAAACCCCAUCAGUGCUCUCAGUGUGGAAAGGCCUUUAGCCAAAUAUCUCAUCUCAAGAAACACCAAAGGAUCCAUUCAAAUGAUGUGCUACCCUAACAUGAUAGAGUUUUACUUACUGAACUAUUUUUUUAAUUGUUGAGUUUUUAACAACAGUUAAUGUUUAUGAUUAAAUGUAAUUUUCUUCCUGUUUUGAAAUGUGUGUUGGGAUAAAGAUUGAAACCUACGUUUGGUGUGUGUGUGGUUGUAUAAUAGAUAAUCUACAAGCAGGCUAUUACCACAUGUAGUGUAUUACCACAUGUAGCUUUCUAGAUAUAUGGCCUAAACAGCACCUCGUAUGAAGGCUGUAGGCUUAUCAACAGCUCAAAGAUGUGUAAGCGUCUGAGAUGGGGGAGGGGGAGACUAAAAUGUCUCUCCGUUCCUCAUUAUAGGAAACUCUGUAUUUCUUCUGUUAAAUAUUCUCAUGUAAAAUGUGGAAGAGAUUCCGAGGGAACUGUUGUAUUGUUGACAGAAAAACAUGCCAGUUAUAUUUAUCCUGAACAGAAAGGGACUUCACAUGUAUGGAUUCAGUUAAAAAAGGAACUCACUUCCUCAGAUCUUCACAUUUACCGGUGUGACCUCUAUAUGACUCCCCUUUCAAAUACUACAAUCAGAAAUAAUGAUCCAUAAUAAAAAUAAUAACUAUACA